GCGGCGGCGGGUGGAGGUGCUGGCGGCGCUCUGGAAGCGGCCAUGGCAAAGCAGUACGAUUCAGUGGAGUGUCCCUUUUGUGAUGAGGUGUCCAAAUAUGAGAAACUCGCCAAGAUCGGCCAAGGCACCUUUGGGGAAGUAUUUAAGGCCAAGCACCGGAAGACUGGCAAGAAGGUGGCUCUGAAGAAGGUGCUGAUGGAGAAUGAGAAAGAGGGGUUUCCCAUCACAGCCUUACGAGAAAUCAAGAUUCUCCAGCUUCUGAAACACGAGAAUGUGGUCAACUUGAUUGAGAUCUGUCGGACCAAAGCUUCUCCUUAUAACCGUUGCAAGGGCAGUAUAUACCUGGUGUUUGACUUCUGCGAACAUGACCUUGCUGGGUUGCUGAGUAAUGUCUUAGUCAAGUUUACACUGUCUGAAAUCAAGAAGGUCAUGCAGAUGCUGCUCAAUGGCCUGUACUACAUCCAUAGGAACAAGAUCCUGCACAGGGACAUGAAGGCAGCUAAUGUGCUUAUCACCCGAGACGGGGUCCUGAAGUUGGCAGACUUUGGGCUGGCCCGGGCCUUCAGUCUGGCCAAGAACAGCCAGCCCAACCGCUAUACCAACCGUGUGGUUACGCUCUGGUACAGGCCCCCGGAGCUGUUGCUCGGGGAGCGUGACUACGGCCCCCCCAUUGACCUGUGGGGUGCUGGGUGCAUCAUGGCGGAGAUGUGGACCCGCAGCCCAAUCAUGCAGGGCAACACCGAGCAGCACCAGCUUGCCCUCAUCAGCCAGCUCUGUGGCUCCAUCACCCCUGAGAUGUGGCCAAAUGUGGACAAGUACGAGCUUUUUGAGAAGCUGGAGAUACCCAAGGGCCAGAAGCGGAAGGUGAAGGAUAGGCUUAAAGCCUACGUGCGGGACCCCUACGCGCUGGACCUCAUUGACAAGUUGCUCGUGCUGGAUCCUGCGCAACGCAUUGACAGCGAUGACGCCCUCAACCAUGACUUCUUCUGGUCUGACCCCAUGCCCUCAGACCUCAAGAGCAUGCUGUCUACCCACCUGACGUCCAUGUUUGAGUACCUGGCGCCUCCACGCCGGAAGGGCAGCCAGAUCACUCAACAGUCCACCAACCAAAGCCGCAAUCCCGCCACCACCAACCAGACGGAGUUUGAGCGUGUCUUCUGA